AUCUGUAAGUGCUUGCCACACUUCUAACUCCUUUUUCCAAUCAAUAUAAUUGGACCCAUCUUUUAACACUGGUGGAUUUUUGUAACUUUUUGAGGUCAUAAUAUAGAUCGUUCCAAUUCUGCUACCAUUGAUAAUUAAUAAUACCACUAACCUUUUGUCUUCUAUAAGACUUUCUAAUAUUCUUCUUUCUCAGUAAUCUUUUGUUCUGAUAGUCUAUAAUCUUUUUGAUGGAAUCCAACAGCUUCUCUUGCUUUCUAAUAAUCUUCCUUGCUCAAUAAUACUUUCAUCCAAUACUCAUAAUGCAAUCUUUAUUGUAUAACCCAACACCUUAGCUAUAUUUACGGGGUCAUUGAUAUUGUCUCACUCUUUGUUUUAUAUGACAAUAAAUACAUGUUAACAUGGGGUUCACAAGUUUAAACGAAAUUUUUGCGAACCGAUUUUACUUUUCUAAUUCCAACCCUGAUAUUUAUAGUAAAAGUGCAGCCACAAGUAAAAACAAGUCAAUUAAAUAGGCUUCUGAAAAAAGGAUUAAGUUAACAAUAAGUGCUGCAAAGCCUUCUUAAUAAAUAGAUCUCUGAGUUUAUAUUUCACAUUUUCACAAUUUUGAUAAUAUUUGGGAAAGUAUUCAAAGAGCUAAGAAAACAAAGACUUACACAUCACACACUUGAACAAAUGUAUAUGUGUGCAGGGCGCGUGCAUAUGCAAUCGCAUUCCUCUAACAAAGUAUAGUUGAGAAAAGCAAAUUCCAAUGAUUUCAGCUUCUCUUAAUACAAACUUAUUUGUUCAUUAAUUAGAAUUAUAUACACAAAAAUUAUACAAUUUCAAAUUGUGUUGCCAGCUUAAUAACUUGAUUUUAUUUAGAGUUAAUUAAAUGCAUUACUAAACAGAUCAAGAGAUGUUUUCAAACUGUGUUUUUACGCUGGACAUAGGAAUUACAGCCUCACUCAAAGACAGGCAAAAUCUACGUCAGAUUGUCACCAAAAAUAAUGGUGUUAUCAGUUAUAUUGUUACAAAGAAAACAACUCAUGUGAUUGUGUCAACAGCAGAAUAUGCAAAAUCCUCAUUUCGAUGUGAACGAGCAAGAACAUACAACAUCCCUGUGAUUACUUCUGACUUUCUUAAAAAUUGUUUGCUGUCACAAAAGCUGGUUGAUUUGGAGCCCUAUUUAGUCUUCAAAAAGUUGGAGAGCAAUGAAUUAAAGACAGGAAAGAUUGUAAUAACGCACAGUAAUGACAAGAAACUGAGAAAAAGAGAGGUUAAUCUAGCUAGCCUAAAAAUCUGGUCAGACAAGGUAGAUGGACCUUGGAAAAAUACUCCUUUUGAAGUUCCAAAAUAUGUCCUUUUAAAGGAAUCUAAGAAACAAGAAAAAAUUCCUUUUCAUUUAUUCGAGUUGCAUGUGCAAGUUGAUGAACAAAACAAUAAGAAGUACAGAGUAUGGCAUCAAUAUGGAGAUCACCUGUAUUGCAAGAAUCCUCUUGAUGUCAAAUCUGAGUAUCGUGUGACAUCUACUGGAAGAGAAAGUGAAGAAGUGUUGGGUUUAUGGAGUGAUUCAUUUGCUAUGACUACUGUUCAAACAAAUCUAUCAAAAUCAUUGCUUAUUGGGACCGAAUAUUUAUAUAUGUGGCCGAAUCGCACAUUUGAAAGUAUAAAUGAGCUUUCCUCUGAGGUUUCUGCACUAAUUGAUACAUUUUGGACAGAAGCUCAUGGUAAACUCAAUGAAGUUUUAGCAAAUCCAAUUAAAUCAUACAAUAUGGCUCAUGUAACGAAAGCUGAAGGGAUUUUACUACGUCUUAAAGAUUGUGUUGUGAAUAAACAGGCAGUUGAAGAUUUAAGUGAUGAAUUUUAUGAUGUCAUUCAACAUCGCCAUAAUCAAAGGAUCAUGAUUGACAGCAUGAAAAUAAUUUCUCAAAAGUCAGAUUUAUGUCAGCUUAUGAAAGAUUUUGCAAGCAUCAAUGAAUCUACCAAUUGGCAAACUAAAACCAGCGCUGAAGCAAAGUAUAAAGCUUUAGGCUGCCAUAUCGAAAAACUGCAUGGUGAAAGGUACAAGGAAGUGCAUAAAGAUAUUAUAAAUGCUAUUAAUAGUGAAGAAAAAAUUGAAGUUUUAAAUAUAUUUGAAUUGGAUCGCUGCUCAGAACCGAAAUUGCAUUGUGACAAGUCGGGACCAUUUUUCCAUGCUUCUGAGGCAAAAAAUUUUGUUGGAAUAUUAUCAAGGGGAUUACUGUUGCCAAAAAUUGUGGUGGAUGAUUAUGGUGGAAGCCGUACAGAUGCUGGAAUGCUUGGGAAUGGAAUAUAUUUUGCAACCUGUCCAACAACUUGCAUAAAAUAUUCAAAGCCAUCUUCACUAACUGGUAGCCGAUUCAUGUUAGCAUGUCAAUUAUCAUUAGGAAAAACUAAGGAUUAUUUUAAGUUUAAUCAGAGUUUAGUUGGUCCUCCAAAUGGUUUUGACAGCACACAUGGUGUUAAAAGUACAAGUAAAGUGCCUUCAGAAUUCAAGGAUGAUGAAUAUUGUAUUUAUGAUGUUUCAAGGCUGCAAGUUACGCAUAUUGUUGAAUUUAAAACGCCAAAAGACACCCUUCUUGUACAUAAGUUUAAUCCUGAACUAUCUGAAGAUGAAGGUAUCGAAUCGGACAUGGAACAGUCAGAAGAAGAUUUCAAUUUGGAUGAUGUUCAAAAUGUUGAGAAUCCUUUAAACAAAGUUGCUGCUGGUUUGCAAAGUACAGGUGAUUCAAAAAUACCUCUGACUGCAGUUCAUGUUAGAGCAAAGUUACAAGACUUAGCUUCUGAGGUUGUGGUUCUUCAAGCUUACACCAAUGAAAGUACCGUAGCUAUCGAAGCGAAAUAUGUGUUUCCUUUAGACAGUAUGGCAGCAGUGUGUGGUUUUGAAGCGUUUAUUAAUGGUAAACACAUAAUCGGUCACGUAAAAGAAAAAGAACAAGCACGAAAAGAAUACAAGGAAGCCAUCAGCAAAGGUCAUGGUGCUUAUCUUAUGGAAGAACAAGAAGAACAGGCUGAUGUUUUCACUGUAAGUGUUGGGAAUCUCCCACCGCAUGCUGACGUCUUAAUAAAAAUUACAUACGUAGCAGAACUUCAGUUAGAAGGAGAACAAAUUAGUUUCGUGCUGCCUAGAUGUGUUGCACCAUGGACCAAGAAAACUGCUUUGGCUACUCAAAUUCAAGAUGAUGUUGCUACAGUUAAUGUUGAUGACGAUAAAGCACUGGGAGAAUUCUCACUGCAGUUAUCCGUGGAUAUGCCGUAUGAGAUCAGAAAAAUUUUCUCGCCCACACAUUCAGUAAAAAUUAAGAAAACUGCUACAAAAUCUGUUGUUCAUCUUAUGGAUAAAGCACUUGGUGACUCAUUUCAAUUGUUAAUCGAUCUUGCUGAAAUUCAUGUCCCUCGAAUGAUUGCUCAACGUCAUCCUACUGAUUCAAACAAACAAGCCUGCAUGUUGACAUUUUUCCCUGAAUUCGAAAGUGAGUCAACAGAUGUGUUGGAUGUUGUGUUUUUGAUUGAUUUGUCUAACUCAAUGAAGGGUCUUGAGAAAGAACUGCAAAAACUUGUUUAUCUAACUUAUACUAAUCUACCAGAAGGAACCAUUUUUAAUAUCGUCAAGUUUGGUGAAAAACAGCAAGAGUUGUUUUUAGCUCCUAAAUCAAAAACCCAAAAAACUCACAAGUCUGUAUUAUCUUUCUUAAAGGUUUUGAAACCAUCGCUUGGAGGAACACACCUUUGGAAACCAUUAUCUAUACUGCAGCAUUUAGGAUCAGAACUGUCACCUAAGAAUGUGUUUUUGUUUUCUGAUGGACAUAUAUCAGAUGAAGAAACAACACUAGCAUCAAUAAAAAGCAACAACAAGAACAUCCGGAUGUUUACGUUUGGACUAAGUUCAACAGUUAAUAAACAUGUGUUAAGAAGAAUUGCAGACCUUGGAAGUGGUUGGUUUGAAUAUUUUGAUAAUAGUUUUAAAUCGAAAUGGGAGAAAAAAGUGAAAAUGCAAAUCGAGAAGUCUCAACAACCUGUUCUGACAGAUGUUAAAGUUCAUUGGGUACAAAAUGAUUAUGAUGCUCCAAAACCUUUACAGGCACCGAAUAAAAUUACAGCAUUGUUUAAUGGCUCGCGAUUGGUAGUGUAUGGCUUUGUCCCACAUUGCACUAUGGCAACAUUAACAGCUUCUGUAAAUGGAAAGCAAAUGUCCACGCUUGUCUCUACAUCUGAACUAAGCACAUUAACUGGCUUGUCUAUACAUCGUCUUGCUGCCAAGGCAGUUAUUGAAGAUUGGGAAAAUGGAAUGUUGAAUGAGGACCAAAUACAACAUGAGAUGAUAAAACAGCAAAUGAAAAAGCAAAUUAUUGAUAUGAGUAUUGAAUUCUCAAUUGUAACUAAAUUUACAAGCUUUGUAGCCAUCGAAGAAAGAGAGAGGGUUGAAAGUAAAGAUGACACAGCACCAACAAUAGAUGAACUUGUUGCGAUGGAAAACAUAGAUAUCUUAUCCUACAUGGCAUUCGAAGUCGAGUCAGAAAUUGUUGAAGAAGAAGAAGAAAAAGAAGGAAAUUAUUAUCAAUUUUGUGGCUCUGUCCCAGUUAGUGACUCUGACUCUGAUAGUGUCUCUUAUGGUUCUGUUGACUGGGAUGAUAAUUCUGAAGAUAGGGAUGCAUCAUUUUUGGUAGAUGAUAAUUGUGAAGAUCUGGAUGCAUCAUUUUUGGUAGAAGAAAAAAAUAAUCUAAUGGAUAAGGUGGAGGUUAAAGGAGCUGUAAUAAUGGAUACUGGUAUGCAUGAAAUGAAGGCUGGUUUUUCUGGGGAGAAAAAACCACGCGUUGUUAUGCCAACAUUAGUUGGAAGACCUAGACAUCAGGGUGUGAUGGUUGGAAUGGGCCAGAAGGAUUCUUAUGUAGGUGACGAGGCUAAAUCAAAAAGGGGUAUACUCACAAUGUCAAGUCCAUUCUCAAUAAUGAGAAAAGAAAUUGGCAAAGCCAAUACCAAACUACCACCUGAGAAAGAUCUUACAUAUUCACCACCACCACCUGGAUUACCUCCACCACUUACUACAAAAUAUGGUUGUCAUCCAACACCACUUGGAGGAGAGGGCCUGCUUCGAUCACGGUUUGCGAAAGCUAAAAAGUCUCUACCACAACCUCUAAAAUCUCGUCCUGCUGCAGCAUUAUCAGCUACAAGAAAUCGUCUACCUUCACCACUGGGUCUUAAAGCUCCAUUACCUUUACCACCACCUAAAGACGAUCAGCAUUCACCACUACCUCUACAAGUUAGAUUACCUCUACAACCCCUACCUCAAAAAACUUUAGCUACAUCCAACCUAAGUUUAAAAAGAGUAGGAGGUGCAAUAAACCGUUUAUCAUCACCGCUUCUAGAUGCCCGAUUUUCUCCACCACCACCUGAAGAAGCUGAACGUGAUGGUCUACCUGCACCACAAUUUCAAGAAGCUAGAUUGCCUCCACCACCACCACCUCCUGGAACUGGAUUGCCUCCACCACCCUCACAUAUAAAAGCACGGAUUUGGAGAUCCCUAAAAAUGUUCAAGUCACGGUAUAUGUCAAGUUCUACAAAGCAUUCACUGUGUUUCGACAUGCCUGAACCUAUGAUCGGCACAGCUGCAGAAUAUGGUCUCCCUGCACCACAACUUUUAGCAGCUAAAAUGGCUCCACCACCACCUCCUGCAGCUAGAUUACCUCCACCAGCACCUCCUGGAACUGGAUUACCUCCACCACCCCCACUUCUAGAAGGUGAUGGUGAUCUUCUACCUGAACUUACACUUUAUGCAGCUAGAUUCCCUUCACCACCACCUCCUAGAGCUAAUUUAACUCCACCACCACCACCUCCUAGAGCUAGGUUACCUCCUCUACCACCACCUCCUGGAGCUGGAUUACCUCCACCACCACUACCUCCUAGAGCUGGAUUACCUCCACCACCACCACCUCCUGGAGCUGGAUUACCUCCACCACCACCACCUCCUGGAGCUGGAUUGCCUCCACCACCAUCACCUCCUCCUCCUGGAGCUGGAUUACCUCCACCACCACUACCUCCUAGAGCUGGAUUACCUCCACCACCACCACCUCCUGGAGCUGGAUUACUUCCAUCACCACCACUUCCUGAGACAGUAUUACCUCCACCACCACCACCUCCACCUCCAAAAGAUUCACCAGCAAUCAUGGACGAAGUGGUAGUACAGGAACAGACAUUGUUGAAGAAAAAGAAGAAGUGUGCUCUGAAGUCAGUACCUGUAUUUGGUAAGCUUCAAAGGAAAUGUUUAUCUGAAAUUGAAAUGCAAGAACGAAUAUUGGGCAAGAAAAACCAGAAUUUUUUUUCAGUACUUUCGGAUUUCCUACAUGGUAUAAACUUCAACAGGCCAUAUGUGGAUUUGCAUGAUAUGGUUUUCACUUAUUCUAAAGAUGAUCUGUGUUAUGAAUACAUGAAGUCUGUGGCUAAAAAACAGGAAAAGAAUGGCUCUUGGCAAACUUCCAAUGUACUAACUGAAGAUGAAACAAUCCGCUUUAAAAAGUUAUGUUCUCAAAUAGGACUACCCUACGCAGACUCGAAAUUUAUUACAGAAGUGGAGGACUACAUAUUAACCAUCAUUAUAUGCAUUCUUCUUAAAGGCAUGAUUUGCAGCAUGGACAGAAGUGCUGCAAGUUCACACUUACAAUAUCCUUGGUCACACCCACUCUACAUUCGACAAGCCAGUCAACUGUCUUUGCCUAUAAAAUUCUUAAACAUAAAGAAGAUUUUUCUAUCUGCUAUGCAAUUUAUUUUACAAGCAGAUAAGAAGUUUCCUUCGAUGUACACAAGCUGUCAUAUGGGGUAUAGUUUUGAUGAGAUGGUGUUGGAAAUUUAUCGCAAAUCUGUUACAAUUCCUUGAUUUUAAUGACUUUCAAUAAAAAAAAUUAAUAAUGAACGCGUUUGUUAAACAUUUUUUUUUUAAAUCUAUUUUUUCUAUUUUUUUACUUACAAGUUUACUAUAAUUACCCCAAUUAUUUCCUUUUUUGUGAUCUGGUGCCACACGUGAUAGUGCCAGACCUUUUUAAACGAUUUAAACAUUUUAUAUUUAAAUAAUUUGUCUUUUUAGAGGUGGUUGACAUGAAGGUGAGCCGGCUUGGUUUACUUCUUAAGCCAAAUUUUGGUUUCACUGAUUGGUUCAAAAGAUAAUUAUUCUUGAUUAUUCUUUUGUUUGUUUAAUUUUUGAAACGCCUACUACAAAAAAAAGUUGAAUUAAACUAAACCUUCUUUCAUAUCAAUCAAUAGAUCAAGCUUGUCAAAUCAACUGAUUUCGGUGCGACACGCUUAUCAUUUUUGAGUGAGAAUCCGGCUUUAUUCUCUUGGUAGAACGCUAAUGUAAGUGAUCAAAAAAAAUUCACGCGUAAAACUUCAUAGUAGUUAUUCAUAAAGUAACAUUUUUUUUCAAUAUUUAGUUUUUAAGAGAUUUUUAAAAACAGAAAUAUCACAGGCGUCAAAUGCACACAGUGUUUCAUGAAUUCAGCUCCAAGCUCCGCAUUCUCUUUCCAUGUAUUAUAAUUGAUUUUUUUGUAGUUUUAUUGUUGUCAUGUGACGUUUUGAAGCAUGUUUUGUUACUAUCUCAUUUUGUAUGAAAUUUUGUAUCUAGCUUUGUUGAUAAAUUAAUUGCACCUUGUAUAUGCGCUUUAUUAUAAAUUACGAAUAAUUAGAAUAAAAACCCUAAAAACAGAAAUAUUAGAGUUUCUUUUUUGUUGGUUUUUUUUUUAUCAUGAAAAAGUAUAAUAUUAAAUACAGGAUUUUACAACUAUGUACGAAAUUUUGGGGUAGCGUUUGUUUGUUUUUUAAUUAUCUUUUUUUACUUCACUCGCUUAAACUGCAUUCAAAGUACCUAUAAAAUAUACUUUUUGUAUUCUUAACUCAACGUUCAUUCUUACACCACCACAUCAUGUAUCGACAAAGAUGACUGCACUUUUUUUAGAUUAAAUGAGUUCCCUAGCACCUUGUAGUUAGCAAGCGGCAGCUAUUCCGUUGCAUAUAAAGUCACCACCCAUUUAUAAGGCCAUGGCCUUUAUCAGUUGACAACCAAUGUAUUACCUGAACGUCACACAACUUACCUGGAGGAAGACAUGCUGGGAAUCUUUACUUAUUCGUUCAUUUUAUUACUUAUCUUCAAGGUUUGUUCCUUUUAUUUUGACGAAGAAAGAAAUGAAAGUCCAUUAGUAGUACAAGGUUCAUUGUGAAAGCAAAAUUGUCAAUAUUUUCUAAAUCUUCAAUUCACAUAAUAUGCACUAAAAUCUUAUAACGCCAUAACAAUGUAAAAUACAUUAUUAAAAAACACUCAAAAAAAGUAGAGCAGGUUAACUUGUUAUAAAAUUUUUAUUCUUUAGGUAGCAUUCCAAAAAAAAAUAUAUUGUCGUAUGAUGUUGUUGGCUAUCAUGUACCCCCAGUGGUUUGCUCUUGCCACCAACAUGUUGAUAAAGAAAAAAAUUAUUUCAAAAUGUUAGCACACGAUGUUGGCGAGGUUUACAAUUCGGCACGGCUUUCUAUGACCAUCGACAUAUUGGGCAACAUUUUCGUUUUUAAACGCCUAUUUCAAAUGUUUCAACGGAAUAAACGAACACGUUUAAUCUCUUAUAAUAACAUGGAAACUAUGUGUCUCUCUGUCUAUGACGGGCAAAGUAGAUGUGUUCAUUUUUCUUUGAUGUAAUUAAAAACUUGUUUGUUAAUUCUUAUUUCUUAACUGGC